UAUUCAAAUUCGGGGGACGAGGGGAGGAAACACAACACAGAGCCGUCACCGUCCUGUCCACACCUCGUGUUUUUUGAGUUAUUGAAUUUGCCACGUCACGUGGUGCGAGCGAGCGAGCGAGCUCAAUAAUCGCUUCGCACACCCCCGAGAUUUACGAAUCACGGUGGUGGUGACGAUGAUGCGCGUCGUCUGUUGUUUAAAGGACAAGUUAGAGCAGAGGGUCGACCACACGUUGCCUGCCAAUGGGGAUGAUGCUGCCCCCCUCGUGGCUCGCCACUCACUGCCUCGUCGUCCUCUGCUUCGCUGUGCCUGCCACUGCAACAACCACAGUGCAGACCACAUCUGCCUCGCCCGGGCCCUGCCAGCCGAACCCUUGUAUCAAUGGGGGUGACUGCAGCACUGAUGGGGUGGACGCCGGGAGCUACAAGUGCCACUGCAAGCCCGGCUGGGUGGGCGACCGCUGUGAACACAUCGUAUCGCCCCACCUAAACUGCACCUCAAGUUACGUUGAGCUGCAGAUCUCAUUGAGUGUACUAGAAAACCUCCACCUCGACCCGGCCAACAUCCAUCUGGAGGACCCUUCGUGCCACGGUUCCUCAUCGGGGGAUUAUCUGAUUCUGCGCAGUAACCUGAAGGCCUGUGGCACCACAUCCGAGGCACACGGCGACACCAUUGUGUACACUAACUCUGCGUACGGCUACGUGACGGGGACCAGGGCUAAGAAACUGCGCAUUCCCAUGCACUGCUACAUCGGCUCCGAAGGGAAGGUCAUCGCGAGCUUUGCUCCCAGGGUGGUGGAUGAGUACAGCUCUGGCUCCUUCAACCUCAGCAUGGUGCUUUACACCAACCAGGCCUUCAGCCAGGCCGUCAACUCCUACCCAUUUGAGGUGGACCUCGGGUCCCCCAUCUACGUGGAGGUCCUGCUCAACUCCUUCGAUAACAACCUGCAGCUGCUACUGGAGACAUGCAAGGCAUCCCCCUACACAGGAGCCCCUGACAAUGCAUCUUACAUCAUCGUACAAAGCGGUUGUCAAGUGGACACGUCCUACGUGACCUACACCAGUGGGGACGACAAGAGGCAGCGCUUCAGCUUCCAGAGCGUCGAGCUAAACAGCAGUUCACAGCAGGUGUACUUGGAGUGCAACGUGCGUGUGUGCGACAAGUCGGACGUGAACUCACGGUGCCGGCGAGGGUGUGUGCGUUCCAAGCGGUCGGUGCGGGACGUCCGGGCCAGCGGCACUCGCCCUGAGCACAACGUGGACCUCUCCCAAGGACCGAUAUCGAUUCGCAAAAGGAGCACCGCUGCUAUUGCAGGUUCUUCAAGCAGCGUGCCAGUGGCAGCGUACGCGGUGCCAGCAGCCCUGGCUGGCGCGGCGGCAACCGCUUUGGUCAUCGGUCUCUUGAUAAAAUUAAAGUGUCUCCCGUGGAUCAGCGGUGCCCCGUAUAGUUUCAUAUAGGUGCACGCGAGCACCAGCACCUGCUAAGUCUGGUAUAGCAAGUCAAGUAGCAAGUGAGUAAUGGUGGGGCCCUAGGCUUAACACACUGUGUCCUGAUAUUCCCAGGAGUAUCCUCUUUUCGAGGUAAGAAACUAAAUAAGAAAACCGAUUUAGUAUCCCUCACGUAUCUAUCUCUCAACAUAACAAAAACAAGUUUUUUUCCCACAACCCAGCACAAGCCGCACGGCUUUGUGUGAAUGCCUUAUUUUGGCGGUAUCGUUUAAAGGCAAGGAAAAUGUGGACUGGUUGCGAUAUACAGUGUCUGAUCAGCAGUGUUCAGGCUUGCUUAUUUGAAUCAAUACUGGUGAACUACCGAUUUUACAGGCAAGGACCCUGCCAUUAUAAUAUGGGGAUCUUAUUGUGGUAGCUGCUGCUGCUGUCCUGGGAAAUCUACGAGUCUUUUCAGGACUUUAAAUGUCCAGGUUUUUGUAAAUUGUGGAACAAUUCACCAGGUCACAAGACAAAUCAUUUACAUGAAGUGCAUCCCCCUGUUGCGGUGUUGUGAGAUAUUCAUUUUCCCAUGAGGUAUGCUGUUUUCUUGUACCUAGGAAGUGCUCAACCCUAUGGAGGCCAACUUCAUGCAGAUCUAUACUGUCAGGUUUCGCUUGUCAAGUGUCGAUUUCGGCUUACGGUCCCAGCAAUUAUUUUCGGCUGAGUUAAUAUGGGGAGGCCCAGGUGAUGUUUAAAUAACAAUUGCCCACCCACUGUCUGUGGCCGGGAGUUGCACCCAAAUGGUCAGCAUUCCAGUUGCAGAUUGCUACCAGCUCUGCUGUUGCUCUCCCAGCCAAUCAGAGAGAUCUUGCCUGGACUGCCCCACACCUCCUCACCCCCUCGUAUGCCAUGCCAACCUUAAUAGGUGCUCACUUGUCCCAAAAGGUUAUAUCAAGAGAUGGGUUUUUUUUUUCUCUUGGAGAGAGAUGCUUAUAUAGUGGGUCGGUAAACUUAAACUUUUCUAUCUGUAUGCUCAUCUUUUUCGUCUACACAUUAUAUACAGGUUAUAAUGAUUAUAUUAGACAUAAUUAAGUUUCUGAGCUCUGGUUGUGACAUGCAGAAGUUCAAACGGUUUGCACACGUAGGUUUUUUUUACAGAAUCACAAUUCUACAAAAGAGACAAUCGUGGGAAUUUCCCCGCACAGCAGCACCGACUGUAGUGGCUCGGAGACAGCAAAGUUGCGCCCGGCGUGUUAAGCAGAAGCGCAACAUGUGCCAGACACAAGCAUGUAAAUGUCAUGACUACGACUGCCAAUAAUAGUGCUACCAUUAGCCCCAAGUCAGUAACCGUGACGCCACCGUGGGUGAGUUAUUUCCCUCGCCUGGUAUGCAGAAACACGUGGGUUCGAUCCCAGACCCUGUCGAUACUUGGAUAUUUGGAGUUCACAAAUUCUCUCUCUGGGGUGGAUACGUAGAUUUUUCUCGACAUCCUCUGAUUUUCCCCUCCACACAAACACAUGUUUAGAUUAUUUGGCUACUACUAUAAAUUCCCACAUGUGAUUAUUAAAGCCAGUUCGGUGAGCUGUCACGUGUGGCCAGGUCGCCUAUGAAAAAGAACUCACAGCUCAUUGGGCUUUAGCUGGUACAUCAAUUUUAGUUUAUGUCAGGGCAGCUUUACUUUUGUACGUGCGUAUGUAUGUUGACGGUAAAGCAAUAUUCGUGAAUAGUGGACCUUUUUCUGACCACAGUUGGCACAACACAACAUGACGCAGAGUCAAUGGUGGUGGUGAAUCGCACUGCGAUUAAAUGUUUACGGCAACUUAAUCACAAAAUAAAUAUUUAGCUAUAUUGCCACGUAGUGAUUUUCAGAAAUACGGUAUUAAUUCAGGGCUGGGGGACAUGGGAAGUAAGAUCUGUCAUAAUUGUCGUCUCCCUUCGCAUUGAAUAACCCAAUUAAAGCAUGUUUUAUGAGCACAUACUCUUGGUUUAAUAUUGUGUUUUGUCAUUGAGAGUGCUCGUGAAUGGUACAAUGAAUGCACACCUGUGGGUUAAAGAUGCCAAGCAUUCUGUACAUAUUGACGGUUUUGUGUUUUUACUGACUGAUUAAACGUGUCCUUUUGGUGUAACCAUG